AUGGUCCAGUGUGCUCACAUCACCUCAUGCACAUUCCAUGUUCAUAGUCUUGAAUCACAGUCCCCACUGCCAAGUCGAACCUCGGAUCAACGAGCAGAUGAUUAUCAAUUAAACAUGUACAAGCCCUUGGGUCAAAGGCAAAGAACCAUCCGCCUUCUGACUUUGCUGCCUGGAAGCGGGGAAAUAUGUUGCAGACUGACGGUGAGCUCACUGGAGGAUGCGAGGGGGAGAUACAAAGCACUUUCGUACAACUGGGACCCACCUGAAAAAGCCGCGCAGCAAAGGAUUUACUUCGAGAAGGUUGGGGCGGUCAGCGUGAUGCCAAAUCUUCAUGCGGCCUUGUGCAGACUGAGAGAUGCUACAGACGUCGUUGUCCUCUGGGUUGACCGGCUUUGCAUUGAUCAAAAGAACACAGAGGAGCGGACGCACCAGGUUGGUAUGAUGCGAGACAUCUAUACUAAUAGUAUUGAAGUCAUCGUUUGGCUUGGAGCAGAAGGGAAGACUGGGGUCAGCCGCCAGCCCAUCACCGAAUUUUGGGGUGAUGAACGAGACAAUCAGCAUAUCGCCAGCCACCUGGGCCGCAUGUAUAUACAAAAUCAGCGCGCAUCAGAAGACUCAUACACGGGCCUCAUGACGAACAUGUAUGGUGCAUUCUGCAUGAUCUCCUUGUUGGCCCAAGGCCUCGAGGCUUCUAAGAUCUGGUAUCUCAGGAGGCUGGAUUACGCGCCAGCGAUAAUUCAGGGACUGAAAGCCCUUUUGGGUAUGUCAUGGUGGACUAGAAUAUGGGUAGUCCAAGAAACUGUAGUGGCUUCACGUGCUAUUGUAUUUUGCGGAAAUAUCUCAAUGCCAUGGGAAGUUUUUUCCAGGGCAGCUUAUCAAAUAUCGAGGCACAGUGUCGAACUGCUUGGCCUUAUCCCUGCGAGAACUUAUGGCUCCACAUUGUCUUGCUUUUACCGACAGAUCAACGAGAUCGAUUACACAAGGGCAUCAUGGAACGCAGUCGAGCCCUCCGCCCUACUUCCGCUACUGAGAAAAUUUCGGAAUAGGGAUGCAACCGAUCCGCGAGAUAAGGUGUUCGCUCUCCUGGGACUAGUCAAAUAUUGGGGCGGGAGUGACCCACUUGAACCUGAUUAUAAUCAAAGACUGUCUCUUGUUUACUUGGAGACGACAAAGCAUCUUAUUCGGGGGUACAAAUCUCUUGCAGUCUUAUCAGGGACAAAGGCGAGUCCGCAAACCCUUUUCAAGGGCUUUCCGACUUGGUUGACAGAUUGGAACUACGUUCCUCCUACCGAUGAGGCGGAUAGAUUGGGCACUCAGCAUUUGUACCAGACUCUCGGAGAUGCUGUGGGUGGAGUCAGACUUCACGGCACGACACUAUUGGAGAUCAGAGGGGUUCGUGUUGAUCGUAUCUCCUCCACGUUCAGCAGUGAUCCCCCUGUGGAACUGGGCCAGGACGGGCAAAACAUCAACAACACCAAUACGAAUAAAGCGAAGACGUUGCACAACAUCUGUUCGGAGUGGUGGGAACGUGUAUCAAGGCCGGCCAGUGCCCUCUAUGAAUACGGAGCGUCCGAGAUAGCAGCCACGGUCUGGGAUGCUUUUUGGAGAACUUUAUGCGCCGACCUGAUAUACUUGCCCAGCGCAUUCACAGAAAAGAACAAGUUUAGAAGGACAAAGCCGGCAGAUUCUAUUUCAUUCGAAAAGUGGCGCACCGGUCAAGAUUUGGCAUCGGACCAUCGGAGAACGUCCAUCGUGCAUGGAAUGUUCAUCGACAGCGUGAGUGAAGAGGAUGUAGAGGCUCAACAUAAUUAUGAGACUUUUCAUCGUUCCAUUGAGUGCGCCACUCGUGGCAGGAGUUUCUUCCUCACUGAGAAGGGCGGGAUGGGACUGGGACCAGAGACUUGUCAAAAGGGGGACGAAGUGCACCUAGUGCUCGGCAGCCGGGUCCCGAUGAUCCUCCGAGCCUCUGAUAGAACGAGGAAGUGUGAGGGCAAGCGGGUCGAGAGGUUGGUGCUGUCUGCUGAAGAGGAGAAUGUUAUGAUAGCGGCAGGUCGGCCAGGUGCUGCUGAGACCUUGAAGGCGCGCGACAGGGCUAAGGAUUCACGUUGUUACGAAGAUCAUGCGGGAUGUUUCGCACUGGUUGGCGAAGCCUAUGUGCAUGGCAUUAUGGAUGGAAACUUACGAUCUGAGGAUGCACCUCGUAUAUUCCUAGUAUAGACGUUUCGCAUUGCGAAAAGAGGGGUCAAUUCAGAGGUAGUGAAGAUGCUGUAACUGAAUUUCGAAAGGAAAUUUAUACUCAGUCUAG